AUGCACUUCGUCACAUCUCUCAUCGCCGGCGUCGCCAUGCUCGCCACGGCGAGCGCCACUGUCCAAGGCGGCGCCCCCGUGGACGAUCUCAAGUUCGCAAAAAAGUUCAACCAGAACUGCCAGCAAAUCUCUGGCGGUCCAAACGGAGCGAUCUGCCCAGACGGCGACUUGUAUUGGUGCAAAGACGGUAGGGCCAUAUUUUGCCAGACAUGCCAAACUGGAUGUACCGCCGAUGAAAAUGGCAAGGUCGGCUACUGCAACGAAGGGCCUACAAACCCCAAGUGCCUUUAA